AUGGCAGUUCAAAGUUUGGUCUGCGAUCUGGGCGGAGGUCCAGUUGAGCCCGCGGUUGGGAGGGGAUUUGCCCGGUUUGUAAAUGUUGGGGAUGAAAGGGGAGAGACGCCUCUACAUCUUGCAGCACGGCGAAGAUGGACUGAGUGUGUCCGUGUACUCUUAGACCAUGGGGCUCUUGUUUCUUCUUCCACUAGGGAAUAUGGUCAUUCUGGGAGCACUCCUCUACAUUUGGCAGCUCGCGGAGGAAGUUUGGAUUGUGUUCGCACAUUGCUUGCAUGGGGAGCAGAUCGGCUCCAGAGGGAUUCAUUCGGGAGAAUACCUUAUUCUGUAGCUAUAAAGCACAAUCAUGGAGCUUGUGCAGCUUUGCUAAACCCAUCAGUAGCAGAACCUCUUGUUUGGCCUUCUCCAUUAAAGUUCAUCAGUGAACUUGAUCCAGAUGCAAGAGCUCUUCUAGAAGUAGCUCUGAUGGACGCUAACAAGGAAAGCGAGAAAAUAAUAUUGAAUGAAAGAAAAAAAUUGUUAUCUCCUGCAAAUGUGGAUGAAGCAUUUCAUGAUGAUGCUUCUGAGGUAUUACAACAUCUCCUUGAUUAAGCAUUUCUAAUGAUUUCCAACUUAUAAUGGAUUUUAGGCUAGUAGAUCUUGCGGCACCAC